UUAUCAGCUGUGACAGGACAGCUGUGCGUCAAAGCUGGAGGCACAACUCUCAAACUCACGUGACGAAAUCAGACUCAGAACUUUCAAAAACAACCACAAGCAGACGCGAGCCGCAGUCGGGAGUAGCUCUGAUUGUCCCUCUUCACCACCGCUCGUGCUUCUGAGAAAUGCGUGCGCAUCCACAAACCAGAAUAACCAGAUGCGGAUCAUCACCGGGCUUCCGAGGCGCUAAAAGCACAAUCAGACUGCGGCAAUGUCUCGACACGCCGGCGGCGCGGCGGAGGAGCAGCGGCCGCCACGCUCCGGAGAGAGACGUGUGGCGGCCGACUCUGACAGCAGAGACUUCUACACGGCGGUGAUGGACCAAGACGUGGGACGCAUUCGAGACCUGGCUGAGAAGCACGGGAGCAACUCUCCCAUUGAGGGAGAAGGCGGAACGGCUCGAGGCGUUUUUUGUAAGAACAUUUCUACUUUUCCUCUUCAUCUGGCUGCUUCUCACAGAAGACUGCAGAGCAUGCAGAGCCUCCUGUCAGCUGGGGCAGAUGCUGAGCUGAGGGACCAGCUGGGUCGUAACCCGCUCCACUUGCUAGUAACUCGCUGGCCAAACACCCCCGCUGCAGGGCCCAAACCGAAUUCCAGAUUCCACAGAGCUGUGAUGGACGUGUGUCUGCAGGCCGAGGCAUGCUUACGGCUGCUCUGCCAGCACGGGGCUGACGUGAACGCCAAGCUGGUGGAGGGGAGCACUCAUCAGACGGCGCUCCACGUGUCGGUGCGCCGCAGGGCUCUGCCUGCAGUCCACAUCCUGACCAGCUACGGCGCCGACGUCCACGCUGUGGACAGCAGCGGGAUGACGCCCCUGCACACCGCCGCCGCGAUGUGCCACGAGGACAUCAUGAAGAGCCUGAUUUCACACGAAGCCCGGGUCAACCAGAGGACGCUGCACUCUGGAGACACUCCUCUGCACGUCGCCGCGGUGACGGUGGCCCUCCGCACCCCCGACCCCCCAGAGGACCACCUCCGCUUCGUGUCCGCCCUGUUCGGCUGCGGAGCCGACCCGGACAUCCUGAACCGGGCCGGGCUGAGUCCGCUGCACAUGGCGUGCGUCACGGGCACGGAGGCGCUGGUGGACCUGCUGCUGCGGCACGGCGCCGACAUCAACCGGCGGAGCGCAGCAGGAGAGAACUGCCUCUUCCUGUUCCUGAACCACCGGCCCAACGUGAAGAAGAAGUCGCUGCUGGUCAAGCUGCUCGGCCUGGUGACUCCGCUCGCCGUCUGCAGCCAGCAGGGCCGGCUGCCGGCGGCGCUGACCGAGCCCUGCUUCUCCCCGCAGAGGGACCGACUGCUCAGACUCACUCAGCAGCCAAAGAGGCUCAAGGACAUCUGUAAGACUGUUAUUUAUCUGAAAUAUGUGGGGAAGCAGGACGAUUUAAGAGAAGUGCUGCCCACGAAGUUACAUGACUUUGUCUUCAAUCAGUGGGAGAAUAUAGAAAACAUUUAUUUUGAUACAAAUAAAGAGGAGUUUUAGAUUUUA